GUCAGAGAGGAUAUAAUGCAGAAGUUCAAUAAAUAUAACAAAGAGAGACACAUUUGGACGGGGAAACAUCACUUCAGCUGCACCCAGGCUUGCCAGUAGCUCAUCUGGCACCAUGGCAGAGCUCAAAUUCAAUGUGGAUCACGGCUAUCUGGAGGGUCUGGUUCGUGGAAUGAAGGCGGGAAUCCUGACUCGCAACGACUAUCACAAUCUGGCCCAGUGUGACACACUCGAGGACAUCAAGCUGCAUCUGCAGGGCACAGACUACGGUAAGAUGCUGUCCUCAUCUGAAGAGGACCUGACUGUGUCCCUGGUGGACAGCAAGCUGAGGGAGAAUCUGGUGACUGAAUUCCGCUGCCUUCGCUCCAAUGCACUACCUCCCCUAUCCACCUUCCUCGACUACAUAACCUACAGCUACAUGAUCGACAAUGUGGUGAUGCUGAUCACCGGGGCUCUGAAACAGAGAGAUGUGGCAGAGCUCCUCCCGCGGUGUCACCCACUGGGAGCUUUUGACCAAAUGGCAGCGGUGGGCAUCGCUCGCACCCCGACUGAGCUCUACUCGGCCAUCCUGGUGGACACACCACUAGCUCAGUUUUUCCAGGAUGCUGUAUCUGAGUCCAAUCUGGAUGAAAUGGAAGUUGAGAUCCUCAGAAACAAACUGUUCAAGGCAUAUUUGGAGUCUUUCCACACUUUCUGCAAGAACACUGGUGGCGCCACAAAAGAUAUAAUGUGUCCUGUCCUGGAGUUUGAGGCAGACAGGCGGGCCUUCAUCAUCACAGUGAAUUCCUUCGGGACAGAUCUCAGCGGUGCAGACAGGAGCACGUUGUAUCCAUCUUGUGGCAAACUUUACCCUGAAGGGCUGGAACUGCUGGCCAAAGCAGAGGACCACGAGCAGGUCAAAGCAGUGGCUGACUGUUACCCAGCGUAUAAAAUCAUUUUUGAUGACCCUGAACCAGGAUCCGAUUUUAAGACUCUGGAGGACAGAUUCUUUGAACAAGAGGUGAAGCUGAACACACUUGCUUUCUUGCAACAGUUCCACUUCGGGGUAUUUUACGCCUACAUCAAACUGAAGGAGCAGGAGAGUCGCAACAUCGUCUGGAUCGCCGAGUGUAUCACACAGAGACAGAAGUCCAAGAUACACAACUACAUCCCCAUCUUCCAGGGGACAAAUUAACCGAGCAAUAAAGAGAAAUGCACACAUGAUGAGAUAGCAUACAGCAAGAUAAUAAAUGCACUUU